AGUCAUAUACAGUCAUAUACAGUCAUAUAUCAAGUCUGCUUAUUUGAGUAACUGCUUCUUAUUAUGCAAGAUAGCUUAUAGGAAACUUAUUUAUUUUUAAGAAGGCUUAAAACCACCUGUGAGCUAUUAAAAAUGAAGAAAGCGGUAAAGUGUUUCCCCAUCCUCAUGAAUGCUGCCAUUGUAGUCUUCAUUUCUUUAGUUGUUUGCUACAAACUGAAUCCAUACUGGACAUCAUCUCCUGUCUUUAAACUGGACAUGGCACCAAAUUCUGUUGAUGACCAGUUUAUAAAUUGUGAGAACCAAACAUACAGGCUGAUUUCAGAAAAGAUUCUACCACAAGAGUUAAAAUCUAAUAUUAAGUUUGCAGAAGCUUGGAAAAACUUCACAAACAGUACUAAUAACUUUACAAGAAUAAUAGCGGUCUAUACCUAUGCACCUAAUAAACUUUAUUUAGAUCUCAAUAAUAAUGUGAGUUCAAGCGAAAGUAGUUACCUCGGUAACUUCAGCUUUAAAGCCUUUCAUUUCUUGCUUACACGUGCUAUACAAAUUUAUCAAGUAAAACCUUGUAUUGACGUUUUCCGCAGAACCAAUGUUAGCUUUGAUAAAAACGUUCUUGGCCAUGAAAUGCGAUUUGGCAGAUUUGCAUCAACAUCACUUAAAAAAGAUAUGAAGAAUUUCGGCUCAACUUCCUGUUUUAAGAUUAAAACGUGCUUUGGAGCAAACAUAGCCAAAAUGUCUAUGUUCCCUGAAGAGGAAGAAGUGCUGAUCCCACCUUUUGAAAAAUUCAAAAUUAUGAAUAUUACAGAAAACCAGAUGAACUGUGGUGUCCUUUACACUCUAAAGAGCACCGGGAAUUUUAGUAAUAUGGACUGUGAGCUGAUUAAAAUGAACGUAGAUACAAUUAAUGGCAAGUAAACACGCUGGUGUUUUUGAUGAUUUUAGUGUGCGAUGUAAUGCUUUCUAAGCAACCAUAUUUACUGAAAAUAUUUAGCAGUUUUUUAAAAAGUAGUAAUUUUAACAACUUUUGUUUUUCUCUGAAUGGAUUCUCACAAUGUUUUGUGCCACACCAUCAAAAAUAAAUAUCUUCAUGUGUAAUUAAUAUGAGGGUAUAAUUCUCCUACUCCACAUGGCCAAAUCGUCAUUAAAAAGAGAGGAGUGUUGCCAUUCUGUUUUUUUAUCUUAAAUUGUAGAAACAGGCACAGAAUGUUUGAAAUGCAUUUUGUCAUUAAAAUAAAAUAUUAAAGGUUUUGUAGUUGCUAUUAUAAGGAAAACACAUAAAAGCAUUAAAUUGUUGCACAUUUGGAUGCUACACAACAAUAGAAUAGAGACUAAAGUAAA